GUCUCUGGUUCCCUGUGAAGAUAUUUUGAAGCAGUACGGUGCAACUUGGGAUCGAGUUCGUGAUAUAUGGAGAUGAGCUACAACUACGGCGGCGGCGAAGAGAGCUGUCCGUACGAGAAUGGGGUGAUGAUGACGAGAGACCCCAAGCCGAGGCUGAGGUGGACGCCGGAUCUACACGACAGAUUUGUCGACGCCGUCACCAAGCUCGGUGGCCCUGACAAGGCCACUCCCAAGUCUGUGUUGAGGCUAAUGGGCUUGAAGGGAUUGACAUUGUACCAUUUGAAAAGCCAUUUGCAGAAGUAUAGACUUGGACAGCAGGCUCGGAAGCAAAAUUCUUCAGAACAAGGCAGAGAGAACAAUGGGGAUUCAUUCGUACAUUUCAGUAACCAUCUUUCAACAUUCUCUACCACCAAAUCCUCGAGAGGUAACUCUGAACAAGGAACAAUUCCAAUUUCGGAGGCAAUCAAGUGUCAGAUUGAAGUACAGAACAGAUUGCAAGAGCAACUUGAGGUUCAAAAGAAGUUGCAAAUGAGAAUAGAAGCCCAAGGGAAGUACUUACAAGCUAUAUUAGAGAAAGCUCAAAAAGGUCUCUCCGUUGACAUGAAGGGGCCAAUUACUGCAGAAGCCACAAGAGCACAAUUGACAGACUUCAAUUUGGCUCUAUCAAAUUUCAUGGAGAAUAUGAGUGAAGAAGAGAGAAGAGUCAGCAUGAUAGAGAUGAAUGAAGCUUAUAAGAAGAGCAAUGGCGCAAACUUCCAAAUUUAUGAAGAGGGGAAUAUUGGACAAGAAAAUGAAGAUUCAAAGCUAAAGGUUGAGAGGGGUUCCAUACAUUUUGACUUAAAUACUAAGGGUAGCUAUGAAUAUGUUGGUACGAAUGGAACCGAAUUUGAACCAAGAUGCUUUCGGUUACAAGAUAGUACACUUUGAUGGCAAGCGUAUAACACUUUGUU